AUAGAGGACGGCACUUUCUCUCUCAUAGCAUCGCUGGCCACGGGAACUAAACCGUGGCCAAAUAAGAACGAAACGAAAGCACCACCAGCUAACGCCACCGCACUCCCCGCCCGUCGCCGUCGCCGUCGCCGUCGCCGCCGGUCUCGCGAUCUCCGCCAUCCUCGCCAUUCCCACUGCUUCUCCUCCCCUCCUUCAUAUAGAUCAGAUACCUCCUCGGAUGAAUACUUUCUGCUGCACCGCCCCCGCCCCAGUUUCCCCUGCCGCCCCCGCCCCGGUCCCCUCCUCAGCUUCUCCGCCCUCUGAGCAGCAUCCUGCCCCUCCCAUGAUCCCUUCCCCUCCGCCUCCGCCUCCUACAUCCGCCUCCGGUCCCGCCAGAAGCGGCGACUCCUCUCCUCCCCACCGCCCCAACCAGAACGGCGUCACCGCCAGAUGCCUGUCUGCCCCUCACCGUUCCUUCCCUUCCGAGCUCUCUGCCUCCGCCUCCCUCCGCUCCUCCUUCCAUGACGCCCUCGAUCACCGCGGGGCGAGACUCAACAACGUCGUCGGAAACGGGAUCUCGGGAAUGCUUUAUAAGUGGGUCAACUAUGGAAAGGGCUGGAGGCCUCGGUGGUUCAUGCUCCAGGAUGGCGUUCUCUCGUACUACAAGAUCCGUGGUCCCCACCGUAUCGAGGUUAGCCAGGAGGUCGAGAAGGGGUCGAAGGUCAUCGGAGAGGAGUCCGCCCGUCGCAUGUCCCGCCGCAGAAGCAGUCUCUCCUUUAGCCCUUCCAAGCCUGUCGGCGAAGUCCACCUUAAGGUUUCUUCUAUUCGCGAGAGCAGAUCGGACGAUAAGAGGUUCUCCAUCUUCUCAGGAACGAAAAGACUCCACUUGAGGGCGGAGACAAGGGAUGGUCGCUUGGCAUGGAUGGAGACGCUGCUAGCGAUGAAGGACAUGUACCCGAGGAUUUCAAACAGCGAGCUCAUGGCGCCAGUGGAUAACGUUGUGGUGUCUACCGAUAAGUUACGGAAUAGGCUACAGGAAGAAAAACUGAGCGACGCGGUGAUACAAGAGUGCGAACAGAUCAUGAAAGGCGAGUUUUCGGCUCUGCAGAACCAGCUUGCUCAUCUUAAGCAGAAGCAGACCCUCUUGGUCGACACCCUCCGCCAAUUAGAGACAGAAAAGGUUGACUUGGAGAAUACUCUUGUUGAUGAGAGCCAAAGACAAACUAAAGAACAUGGACUUGCUUCUAGAUCAAGACAAGAGAAAUAUAGUGAAGGGAGUGCAAGCGAAUCUGAUUAUGACAAUGAACGACCUGAUGCUGUCGAAGAAGAAACAGAUGAAGAAGAUAAUGCCUUUUUUGAUACACGAGAUUUUCUAUCAUCGAGCUCUUUUAAGAGCACAGAGUCUGAUUUCUAUAGAUCUGAAGUUGAUUCUGAUGAUGAGGAUGAUUAUGGUAUCUGUAUUGGAGAUUCUAGUGACUCUUCUAUGAAAUCUGUGGGAUUUAACUAUCCCUAUGUUAGGAGACGUAAAAAACUACCUGAUCCUGUUGAAAAAGAAAAGGGAGUGAGCCUCUGGUCAAUGAUCAAAGACAAUAUUGGAAAGGAUCUUACAAAAGUUUGCCUUCCAGUGUAUUUUAAUGAACCAAUUUCAUCACUGCAGAAGUGUUUCGAGGAUCUGGAAUAUUCCUAUCUUAUCGAUCGAGCAUAUGAGUGGGGAAAAAAGGGCAAUGGUCUUAUGAGGAUUCUUAAUGUUGCUGCAUUUGCUGUUUCUGGAUAUGCUUCAACUGAUGGCAGAAUCUGCAAGCCAUUUAAUCCACUUCUCGGUGAAACCUAUGAAGCUGACUAUCCAGAUAAAGGUCUUAGAUUCUUCUCAGAAAAGGUCAGUCAUCACCCUAUGAUUGUUGCAUGCCAUUGUGAGGGAAAGGGAUGGAAGUUCUGGGGAGAUAGCAAUUUGAAAAGCAAGUUUUGGGGUCGCUCAAUUCAGCUUGAUCCAGUUGGUGUACUCACCCUUGAAUUUGAUGAUGGUGAAAUUUUUCAGUGGAGCAAGGUAACGACUUCCAUUUACAAUCUUAUAUUGGGGAAACUUUAUUGUGAUCAUUAUGGUGCUAUGCGCAUACAAGGAAAUUGUGAAUAUUCAUGCAAGCUAAAAUUCAAGGAGCAGUCAAUAAUUGAACGAAACCCGCAUCAGGUGCAAGGUGUAGUUCAGGAUCGCAAUGGCAAAACUGCAGCAACACUCAUUGGAAAAUGGGAUGAGAGCAUGCAUUAUAUAAAUGGAGAUAUCUCUGGAAAAGGUAAAGGAUCUGAAUUGUUGUCUGAAGCCCAAUUAUUGUGGAAACGUAGCAAGCUCCCUAAAUUCCCCACUAGAUACAAUCUCACACGGUUCGCAAUAACAAUGAAUGAGCUCACCCCAGGAUUAAAGGAAUUAUUGCCACCAACUGAUUCAAGGCUGAGGCCUGAUCAAAGGUGCUUGGAGAACGGGGAGUAUGACAUGGCAAAUGCUGAGAAGUUGAGACUGGAACAGAGACAACGCCAGGCGAGAAGGAUGCAGGAAAGUGGCUGGAAACCACGAUGGUUUGUGAAAGAUAAAGGGACUGAGACAUAUCGGUACAUAGGAGGAUACUGGGAGGCUAGAGAAGACCGCAAGUGGGACGGAUGCCCUGAUAUCUUUGGCCAAGUUCCCAGCGAUCCAACUACUGAUUAACUCAGCAAUUUAUGAAGUAAACAAGGUUCUCCUCUUCCAGUUUUACCCUCUAGUUUCUUUUCUAUUUCUUAUCUCCUUUCGUUUCUUGUGAACUGCUCGCAAUUUUUGAGCAGCCAAAAUGAAUCUUAGGCCAUAAAGUGGAGAAUUAACAAGUAUAGUGUUUUGUUUUAUAAGAAUAAACACAAAAGUUGUGAUCUUCCCAUUCUUUCAGUUCAUCCAUGAAACCAAGCCGUGUGCAAGUGAUCUUGUUCUUGCCACCCUUGAGUUUCAUCUCAGGUUGCUUAGUUUUGUACCUUCAUGGAAUUGUAUGUUUAUCCAAUGUUCAAAAACUAGUCCAGAUGCUCUAGUUCAUACCAAUUCUCUUUACAAAAUCAGAGAAAUUCAGACCUACUCGACUAUUUCGAAACCUCCUGGAAUCGACAGAGCCUAGUGUGAUGCCAUAACAUUGAUGCAAUUCAAAUUUCUCUUUAUGUAGUAGAUUUCAGAACCUAGUGGAAUCGACAGAACCUAUUGGAAGAACCUUCUUGCACCUAUGCCAAUUCUUUAGUGCUCUUGUGCAUUUGUCUUAUUUUAUUUGAACUGCAAUCAAAAGGUAUUCCAUUAGGUUCUCAUUCUUGUGUGAAUCACUUCAGUUGGCUUCAGGUAUGUUUCAGUUUACUUAAAUUCUGCACCGACGCCUGAUCGACUAAUCACUUUGUGCAUAUUUAGUUUACCCAAUUUAGUUAUAGUUAAAAUUUUCCUUUUUAAAGUUUAUAUUCAGAACGGUUGCAAUUAGUAAAAUCCCUUUGUAAUAAUGUGAUCUAUUGAACAUUUGGGGGUUUCCCCCUUUUUUUUAAGGAAAUGCUCUCCAGUUUGGAAGUGUUUCUUUAACAGGUUAAUACAUAGGCCAGUAUUUAGCAUUAUUGUGUUUACUUCAUAAGAGAAUUUAAGGUUAAAAGGAGGCCAGAUUAUGAUAAGUUUGAGUUAAAGCCACCAUUAAUUAAUUUACAUGUAAUCUAGAAUUUAAUUUACAUUGGCAAGAGAAAGGAUCUGAUUUCUAACGGAAAGAAAAAGGCGGUGGUUCUCAGAGCUUAUUUAACAUGCUUGGAGAUUCGUGCAGCGGGAUUAAUCAUAUACGUUCGUAGAUAGG